AUGACAAGUGUUGACGAUGAUGAUGACAUACAAGAACCUCCUACAAUGUCUAUGGUACUAUUAGAAAAACCUAAUAUUACUUGGCAACAUCAAUGGUCAUUUAGUGAAACACAAGAUGCUAUAUCACAGUCACCAUUUGCUGCUAUUCCUAGUGAAAUCAUGUUGCAUAUUUUUCAAUUUCUUUCCGUGCCUGAUUUAUGUAAUAUCUCAUUGGUUUGUCGAUCUUUCAAAAUGUUCGCUGAUCAAGAUGAGAUCUGGAAAUUAAAAUGCACAAUGUCAAAGAAAUUAUAUUCGAAACCAUUCAAACAAAUCUAUAUGGAAUGGAUACAUGAAAAAUGUUUACGUAAUGCGGAAUUUCGAUAUCAACCAAGAUGGUACACAACCGCAUGUAUCAGAUGCUUACCUCCAUUAUAUCCACUGCGUUCAGCAGCUAACUCUCAAUUUGAACCUGUUGGUGGGACUAUUGAAAUAUCCGUUGAUAUUGAUAAGACAGCUCGUGAACUAAUCCAAUUGUUAGAAAAAGCAUCUAAAUUUCAAGAACUAUGGGAAAAAUCGUCGAUUUUAAAACAAAUGAUAAAACGAUAUUAUCGUUUUAUGCAGUUGAAGGCAUCUUUACCAACAAAUAUUCUACUGAUUCCAACUUUGGAUAUUGAAAUUAUCUGGCAAACUCAUUUACUUCGACCAGAUUUGUAUCAAGCGGAUUGUUUACGUUGGUUUCAUCGCAUAAUUGAUCAUACAUUGCUAAUUAAUGACACUGAACAGUUUUUCAAAAAACAAGCAUUUUUCGAUACUUGCCAAUUAUACGAACAACGAUUUGGCGAACCAUAUUGUUGCUUACCAUCAGUCGAAGAGAAAAAAGAGACUGAUUCAGAUUUCCAUUUUGAUCUAUAUGAUGCUAAUAAUAAAAUGAAUUACAGUUAUUCUUAUUGGGAUAAGACACAGUUCUACUUUUCAUCACGACCUCCAACAGAUUACGAGAAUCCUUUCUCGUUUACUGAAGCUGACAUUAUCUUAGACAGUAGAUGGCUGGAUAUGUGUAAAAAAUUUAUGUUUGAUACAUUGAAGAACGUUCCUGUUGAACAUAGUUAUUAUCAUUCAUCGAAAGAAAUCGAUCUAAGUGUUGGGGCAAUGAAACGGUUAAUGAAAUCUUAUGAACGAUUUUUGUAUAUGGCUGCCAAAUAUCCAUUGAUAGAUGGCAAUGGUUUUGUACCUCCAACAUAUGCGAUUGAUAUAAUGUGGCAUUCUCAUAUGCAAGAACCGUUGAAGUAUAUUGCAGAUUGUCAUCGUCUUGUUGGUUAUGUGAUUUAUCAUGCACCAUGGCCAAUUAUUGAAGACAAUACAAUGAAGAAAUCACAAGAGAAAACAAAUCAAAUAUGGAAAGAUGAAUUUGGUAGUGGCAUACAAACAGAUCAUUUGUAUAAUACUAUUGAUCAACGGGUUGACUGGGAUUAA